AUGGACCUGCUGCUGUUGCUGUUGGCGGCUGCGGCUCCCGGGGUUCUGGGGUACAGCUCGGGUCAGGUGACGGACAGCUGUCAGGACCUGCUGCCGCGUCACCGUGGCCAAAGCCCCAGCACGGACUCCUCGCCUUUCUCCGUCACGACCGACCAGAGCAGCUUCAGUCCCGGAGAGGAGCUCACAGUCUGGCUUCGAGCGCCCGGUUCAGAGCCCUUCACCGGCUUCCUGUUACAAGCCAGAGAGGUGGGGGGGCAGACCCCAGUGGGCUCCUUCUUCCUCUCCACGCAGGGGGCCCGGCUCCUCCACUGCAGCCUCCAGCCUAACUCCUCGGUGUCUCACACCUCCAGCAGUCCUAAGACCUUCAUCCAGGUGUCGUGGACGGCCUCGGAGGUCACAGAACCCGUCCAGUUCCACGCCACCUUUGUGAAGGACUACAGGACCUUCUGGGUGGACGUGACCAGUCCAGUUGUGGCUCUGAACUCCAGCCAGGAGAGCACCAACACGACUGCCUCGCCGGCGGCGACCUCCAGCCCGCAGCCUGCACCGUCACCUGACUCCAUCUCCAGCGAGGACUGUGGCACCAGCAAGGUUUGCUUCAGUCAUCCGUCGCGCUGCAACCCUGACGCCAGCAGGGAGUGUUUCUUCAUGUCGGCGAAGGUCGUCACUGAUGCCGAGGUCCACUACGAGGUGACCGGACCUUCUGAGGGAUACGUCUCCUUUGGCUUUUCAGAUGAUCAGAUGAUGGGGAACGACGACAUCUACAUCUGUGGCUCAUCUCCAGACGGUCAGCUGUGGCUUCGACACGCCUUCUCAACGGGACGCAGACCUCCACAGACGCUCCCCCUGGGGGACGUCUCUGGUGUCAGAGUGUCUCUGAAGGAUGGAGUCAUCAGCUGCUCCUUCACCUCCAGGAACCCCAUAUCCAUCCAGCGCAGCGCUGGACUCGAGGCUUCCUACCAUCUCAUGCUUGCUUCUGGACCUACAGACAGCAGCGGACAAAUCCGCAUCCACACGCAGACGUCUGUCAGCACUGAGAAGGUGGACAUCUCCAAGCCUGGAGUGGUGGGGAGAGCAGGAUGGCCACACAUCAUCAAAGCUCACGGAGCUCUGAUGUUGAUCGCCUGGAUGACCACCGGUUCCCUGGGAAUGAUGGUGGCCAGGUUCCUGAAGGGGUCUGCGGCCGGACGGAAGCUGUGGGGAAGAGACGCCUGGUUUUCGGUCCACGUGGCAGUGAUGAGUCUGACGGUGAUCCUCACUGCCAUCGGCUUCAUCCUCUCCUUCGCUCACGUCAGAGUCUGGUCUGGGGGUGCUCAUCCGGUCUUGGGCUGCCUGGUGCUGAUCCUGUCCCUCAUCCAGCCCACUCUGGCCCUGGUCCGCUGUGGACCCGAUCAUCAGCUUCGCUUCCUCUUCACCUGGUCCCACACUCUGACUGCAGUGGCCGUGAAGGCUCUUGCUGUGUCGGCCAUAUUUACAGGGCUGAAGUUGAUGGACAGCAGUCCGGGCCGGUGGCUGAUGAAGGUGAUGGGCGGCUUCGUGGGGUGGGAGGCCCUCUUCUUCCUCAUGCUGGAUCUGGACUUCAAGUGCAGACUGAACGGGAAAGGCACCAAAGGAAGUGGGAUGAUUUCAUCAGAGGUCGUGAUGACAGGGAUUUACCUCCUGGGAAACCUGACCUUCUUGAUCGCACUCCUGACCUCCAUUUUAAAUUGUGACCCCACUGUGAGAGGAGGAGCCUUUUCUGACUGA